ACUUUGGAUGGUCACUAAAUGAACUGUUGUAAGUCAAGGAUUACCUGUAUAAUAAGCCUCAUGGCUUCCAGGCUUAAAAUAAAUGACCAAUAGUCUUGUCUGUAAUGGACAUGUUCUCGCAUGUUGAAUAUGGUUCCUUAAUUAGUUUCUUAACUGCACAAUAUAUAAUUGAUCUAUUAUUACCUUUUUUCUUGGCUAUAGUAUAACUUAGGAAGGAUGUAUUAUGAUAGUCUCUUCCCUUUAUUUCUGAACUUCAAUUACUACUACUGUAACAAAUGACCUAUUUAGAAAUUUGACUUUCUUUAAGGAAUUUAUUAGUGCAGGGAAACAUUUUUAGUUGUAAGAAAUAAAGGUUAAUUACUGUUUUAGAUGAGAAGCAUAUUGUGUCUUUCUCAGAAUUUCUAAAUUACUUUCCUUUCUCCAUAUGUAGACAAUUAAACUAAAUGUUUAUUCCUCACAAAUUCAUAGCUGUAGAUUUUUGGUUUUGGUUUGGUUUGGAAGGAGUAAUAGAAGAAAUCAGUAAUUUAAUUUUUUUCUCUAUAUGAUAGACAUUUUAGAUGUCACUAUUAAGUUGAUUUCCUGUUCAUCUCUUUCUCCUUAUAAUUAUAGCUUUGACCUGAAAAGCCACAACAGAAACUAAAAAGAAUUGCUGAGGAGCAUUUUGGGGUGGAUUAUAUAUUGUGAAGAAUUUGCUGAAUGAACAAGAUCUGAUCAUGCAUAACAAGACUUAAGCUAUCUUUCCUUCUGUGACUUAAAUAUGCUGCUUUUCAAUAGUGCUUUUGUCUUUAAAAUGGUCAUAGCUGCAUAUAUUCUUUGAUCCAUUUCUGAUGAAUGUUGCAGCCAUGAGUUUACAUCGGCAAAUGGGUUCUGAUAGGGACCUGCAAUCUACUGCCUCCUCUGUAAGCUUGCCUUCCAUUAAAAAGGCACCAAAGAAAAGAAGAAUUUCACUGGGAUCUCUUUUUAGAAGGAAAAGGGAUACGAAACAUAAAGCCAAGGAUGUAAAUGGUGGCGUUGACGGGAUUGCAAGUAUUGAAACUAUACACUCAGAAAUAUGCCCAGACAAGACCUCUAUUUUAUCUGCCUAUAUGUCAUCAGACAGUGGAACGGCCAUCUGUAGUAAGCAGACGGGAGACUUCAUAGAAUGUCCCUUGUGCCUUUUGCGGCACUCUAAGGAGAGGUUUCCGGAAAUAAUGACUUGUCACCAUAGAUCUUGUGUGGAUUGCUUGCGUCAGUAUCUCCGGAUAGAAAUCUCAGAGAGCAGAGUUAAUAUCAGCUGUCCAGAAUGCUCUGAGCGAUUUAAUCCCCAUGACAUUCGAUUAAUUUUAAAUGAUGACAUCUUGAUGGAAAAAUAUGAAGAGUUUAUGCUUAGACGAUGGCUUGUUGCAGACCCUGAUUGUAGGUGGUGCCCUGCUCCAGACUGUGGGUAUGCAGUCAUUGCUUUUGGCUGCGCAAGCUGUCCAAAACUUAUGUGUGGGCGUGAAGGCUGUGGAACUGAAUUUUGCUACCACUGUAAGCAGAUUUGGCAUCCUAACCAGACUUGUGAUGCAGCUCGUCAGGAAAGAGCACAAAGUCUACGUUUACGAACAAUUCGUUCUUCAUCCAUUAGCUAUAGUCAGGAGUCUGGAGCAGCAGCUGAUGACAUAAAGCCAUGCCCCCGCUGUGCUGCUUAUAUCAUAAAGAUGAACGAUGGAAGCUGUAAUCACAUGACAUGUGCUGUCUGUGGUUGUGAAUUCUGUUGGUUGUGUAUGAAGGAGAUCUCAGACUUGCAUUACUUAAGUCCAUCAGGCUGUACAUUCUGGGGGAAAAAACCAUGGAGCCGGAAGAAGAAAAUUCUUUGGCAACUUGGGACACUUGUAGGUGCACCUGUCGGAAUUGCCUUAAUAGCAGGCAUUGCUAUUCCAGCAAUGAUUAUUGGAAUUCCUGUAUAUGUGGGACGUAAGAUUCAUAAUCGCUAUGAAGGCAAAGACAUGUCAAAGCAUAAGAGGAACUUAGCCAUUGCAGGUGGUGUAACCUUAUCUGUAAUUGUUUCACCAGUUGUAGCUGCUGUCACUGUGGGUAUUGGAGUUCCUAUUAUGCUGGCCUAUGUGUAUGGAGUAGUUCCCAUUUCUCUCUGUCGAAGUGGAGGUUGUGGAGUGUCAGCUGGCAAUGGGAAGGGUGUCAGAAUAGAAUUUGAUGAUGAAAACGAUAUAACUGUGAGUGGAACAAAUGCAGCAGCAGAUACUACAUCAGUAGCAGAGGCACGUCACAAUCCUAGUAUAGGGGAAGAAAGUGUUGGAUUGACUGGAAGCUUAAGUGCAAGUGGCAGCCAUAUGGACAGAAUAGGGGCCAUUCGAGACAAUCUGAGUGAGACAGCCAGCACCAUGGCCUUGGCUGGAGCUAGCAUAACAGGAAGUCUGUCAGGAAGUGCAAUGGUCAACUGCUUCAACAGGUUGGAAGUCCAAGCAGAUGUACAGAAGGAGAGAUGCAGUUUGAGUGGUGAAUCUGGCACUGUUAGCUUAGGAACAGUGAGUGACAAUGCUAGCACCAAAGCAAUGGCUGGGUCCAUUAUAAAUUCCUAUGUUCCAUUGGACAGAGAUGGCAGCAGCAUGGAGGUACAAGUAGACAUUGAAUCGAAGCCGGCAAAAUUCAGACACCACAGUGGGAGCAGCAGCGUGGAUGAUGGUUGUGCUGCAGGCCGCAGUAACACUGGUAGUUCUUCCGCUUGUUUGUCUGAUAACAAAUCAAGUGUCCCCAAGUGGUCCAAAGAAUCAUCAGCAGGGAAAAAAUGCAAAGGUAAACUCAGAAAAAAGAAUAGCACGAAGAUAAAUGAAACCAGAGAGGACAUGGAUGCUCAGUUGUUGGAGCAGCAAAGCACCAACUCCAGUGAAUUUGACUCUCCCUCUCUCAGUGAUAGUGUCCCGUCCGUAGCUGAUUCUCAUUCAAGUCAUUUUUCUGAGUUUAGUUGUUCUGAUCUGGAGAGUAUGAAAACCUCAUGCAGCCAUGGUUCCAGUGAUUAUCACACCCGCUUUAAUACUGUGAGCAUUCUGCCAGAGGUCGAAAAUGACCGCUUAGAAAACUCUCCUCACCAGGGGAGCAGUUUGCUGUUUACGCCAAUUGCUCCGAACUCAGAGGUUCCCCAGCUGAGUUACAUUGCUGAAGAAUGCACCUGCAAGGGGACUUCCAAUACUGCAGGUGUGAAUAUUGGUGAAACACUGAAAGAAAGAAACAAUAACCAUUCACCCCAGGUUACGGAGUUAAGCACUUCACUUCAGACGGAGAUUUAAACCUGUUAUGUGCUGCAGAAAUGUAUUUACCACUAAAGAGCCUUGCCAGGCUACUUUAAGAAGCAAGGCUCCAAUGCAAUUUAUCUUUGGAUAUAUGUCUCUAUUAAGGCUUGCGUGGAACUAUGUGAAGUGACAUGAAGAUUAUAACAAGUGCAUUACAAUAAAACAUUAUAUUGAUGUUUUGUAUUUUUGCCAUAACUUUGCUGAAAGUCUGUAUUUGGUGAACUUGAAUGGGGAAAAUUGGCCACUUGUAGGCUUCAUAUAAAACCUCAGUAUGGAUUUCAGGUGUACAGCAGAAAAACCAACCUCUGGUCAAAAUGAGUUGCUGUAACCAUACCAAAAAAUAAGUUCUGAUAAUUUUAUGUGGAGAAGAAGAAUAUCAUUAUGUUAAGUGAUGUUGAAACACAUUCUUUAAGCAAGGUUAUGACAUAUAGCAUAACUUUAAAUUAAAAAGAAAUUGGUACUUGAUAUACAAUAGGUAGCAAAGUGACGUCUCCUUAUCAGAAAGUGGGGGUAAUUUAAUUAUAUUUGCAAUUGACAGCAAAAUAGAAGGUUUACGAUAAAAAGGUGUAUAAAGUUUUUGUACAAUGUAAGAGCAAUUAAUUUGUUAUCAUAGUAGAGAACCUGAUACAGUCACCUUCACCAGGGGACUUCAGUUAAUGCUGUUUAAUUCUUGGUGCCUUUGGAAAAGACUGGGUUUAUAAGUGCCUGGUCUGAUGAUUUCACUGUUAAGUUUUCCAGAAUGUUGCCAGUUGCCACCUUCUUGGAAUCUAGAGGAAAACAGCAGCGAAUCAAGUAACUGUGGUAGAUUAAUAGGAUUCAUAAUACUGAAGUAUUAGCCUACCAAAGAUUCACUCAGGCUUUUAGCAGAUAACUUUUCUGACAUCAUUUUGCAAAUCACAUGCACAGGAAAAAAAAAAAAGCACAGUGCAGAGCUUGCACGUCUCUGAAAAUGGGCUCUAAAAAUGGCUGGCUUGCAGGGAGUGGUGUGUCACAUAUCCUGCUUACGGUUCAGCUGAACACGAGUUGCAGCCAACUCACUUAAGCGCCUGCACUGUUAAAUGUUUGCCACACAAGUCAUAAUGAUGUAUGCUCUCUGCCCCUCCUACAAGAGGGAGAGAGAGAGAGAGAAAGAGAAAUUUGGAUUUUGGCAUAGAAGCCUUCAGUAAUUUGGUUUUGUGUGUGUAUGUGUGAAUGAGGCAUUUUUUUUGUAAGUAUUGCCAUUAUGGUGCUACUGAAAAUAUAUGAGAAGAAGGUUGUUAUGGGCCACAGCCAUCUUCUCUGGCCUCCUUGAUUAUUUUCUUUAAUCAGCUUAUAACACUAGUGUCAGAUACAUUAUUUGGUAAUGCUUGUUAUGAUAUUUGUAUAUUUGCUAUUUUUUGUUUGCUCAAUGGAGUGUGUAAACUACAUACCUGAAAUAAAUGUCUGAGUACUA